UUGCGUACUGGAACAGCUGAUUACCCCAGAUGAAUUAUUUUUUAAAAACUCUUCUAUCAAUAAAUAAUCACAAUAAAUUUAAAAUUUAUUUAUGUAAACCACACACUCUAACGGGAGUCCCCGACUCAAUUUGAUAAAAAAUCAAUUCGAUAAAAAAAACUGUCUACACGUCACAACGUUGCAAUAGCAUUGGAAAAAGCCAUGAAAUGAAUGAAAUUAUGAAAAUUGAAAAAACAGUUGGAAAUUUGGAAUCCCGCAGUCCAACGUCGCGAAGCUUAAGUAUACAGCUCCAGCUUAAUACCGACUGUUAGCAUUUGCAGCAUUUGUACACCAAGUUUGAAGUUUCAAUAAGAUUUGAUCUCUAGUAUUUACUUUUACAUGCUUUUAAACUCUUACAAUAUCGCAAAGCAGAGAAAACAUAUUUCCAACCACUGUCGUGCAGAACUUUCCUAGCCCAACAGCAUAUGUCAUUUGAUUUCUGAUUAGCUGUGGUCAAACGUAAGAAUGUCAAAGAUAAGACUAUCUGCAGAAUCUUCGAUGUUCUACCGCCAAAUUAAAGCCAAGAAAUAUUUGCAUUCAGCUGUGAGUGCACAUGACUCAUCUGCCUCAGAUCAAGAAAGCAAUGUCUCUGGAGAUAGUGAACCCAAAGAUGAUUUCGAUGGAUUCAGUCCUCAAGUGCCUCGUACAAAUACCCAAUCCAAAAUACAGAGUAUGUCAAUCAGUGCCCAAGAAAAUGCAGCAGAAUUGAACAAUCCAGAAGACGGGAAGCUCCAACCAAAACAUUCUUUCACAAGAAAACCUGCUACUAGACGUACAGCAGCAGCUGAAAAGAAGAAUCAAGAGCCCGCAUCCUUGUCGAAAAUAACUGACAAAAAAACGAAACCACCGGCUACAAAAAGAGGAAAGAAAGAAGCUGGAAACCCAACUGAUAAUGCAGCUGAACCAGCCGCGAAACGGCCUAGAGUUGCUUCUAAAAGGAAAGCUAUCUUAACGGAAAAAGCAGCUACACCCUCCACUGAAGAUGCAGACGACGACCCAACAUUACAUGAAAACAAGGGUCGUGGUCGUGGUCGUGGUCGUCCACGGAAAACUAUCUUAACGGAAGAAGCAGCUACAGCCUCCACCGAAGAUGCAGACGACGACCCAACAUUACAUGAAAAGAAGGGUCGUGGUCGUCCACGCGGUCGCCCAGAGAGAGAUGUUUCAGCUAAAUUUGUGCCUGAAACAAGUUCAAGUUCCCCUUCAAAGUCCUUAGACGACCAGAGUAGAAUGGAAGCGAAAACGCCUGAAGCUGUAAAUGACGAAGCGCACGAAAUGAUCUUGAAAACCGCAAAAAAACCCAAAGACUCAACAUUACGUGAAAACAAGGGUCGUGGUCGUGGUGGUCGUGGACGCGGUCUCCCAGAGAGAGAUGUUUCACCUGAACCUGGAACACGUUCAAGAUCUCCUACAAAGUCCUUAGAUAUCAGUCAGAAACAUAAUCUGCGUGGUAACAAGGUUUCUAGCAUUGUGGAUGAAGUAGAAACGGAUAUAUCAGCAGAAGGAUCGAAAAGUAAACCUCCAAAGUCUGCGGACCCAACAUUACGUGUUGACAACGAACAGGGUCGUGGUCGAGGUCGCGGUCGUGGUCGUCCAGAGAGAGAUCUUUCAGCUGAAUGUAUACCUGGAACAAGUUCAAGUUCCCCUACAAAGUCCUUAGACGACCAGAGUAGAGUUCAAGUUAAAACACCUGAAGCGCAUGCGAUGGUCUUGAAAACCGCAGAAAAACCCAAAGAAAGGAACUACCAUUUCUUGAGCAGCUCAGAGUCUGAAAUAGAAGACGAAGAGGACGACGAAGAUGAUUUAUUUCUUCUCAGUCGAUAUUCCUUCCAAAAAACGAAAAGUCCAAAAAAUGCAGUUCCUUUGCCCAGUUUUAAAACACCAAACACAGUCACUGACAAAGUUUCAGAAUUGGGCUCACCCAAAACUUCGAAAUUCCGUCUCUUACCUGAACCGACACCACUGCUCCGGACCACUCCCAGACGAACUACUUUGACCAUGGAAUUAUCACUGAAUAGAGUUGAACCGUCUUUGAGCGAUCCAGAAGAUGUUGCAGAUACAGAACUGUACAAGACAUCGCAACAGGAAAAUCAACUUGAGCCUUCCACUUCUCAGGCCAACGGAAAAUCAAUUGAGGAAACUCCCGUGUCAAAGAGAAGAAGUAUAUCUGAUUCUUCAAAGAAACCAUCGCCAACUAAGCGACUCCAAUCCCCUUUAAAAUCCUCGCAACAACCGAACGAUCCCGAAAACGACAUCGUUGGGAAUGAUUCUAGACUUAUUGCAAGAAAGAUUGAAGCACUACAGGAAACUAUGCUCCGAAUUGAGAAUUCAAUGAACCGCCAAUUCCCAUUAAAUUCCGCCAUUGAUCCGUCUACACUUCCAGUGCCUAACCGCAAUCUUCUACCGACUCAAUUCAAUCUGUAUUUGGCCUCACCCAGCGAUCCUGUACGAGCACAGGGUCUGUCCAACACUGAAUACAGCAUAUCGUUGGUUUAUGUACAGCCAACAAUUGUUCAUCCUCUGAAAAUUAAUAACCCGAUGAUGGUCGUGCGCCUCAAAGGAAGCGUCGAAUUUAGAAGCGAUCCACAUGCUCCAAGUCACAUUUUACUCAACUCUUCAACGAGACUUGUUGACCUCGAAGCGGGUCGUACUCUUCAUGUGGUCAACACAGGGGAAGAGGUCGCCUCAUUUGCACUUCUCGAAAUUUUUUAAUAUUGGAUUGGAUUAUUUAGUGAUUCUAUCGCAAAACGACCCUGCCACCCAUCCCCACCUUCAACCCACCCAACCCCACUCCACCCACCUCCCACUCAGGACGGAGUUGGUUGAUCAGACGGCCAAGAGUACGACCUCUGUACAGUGUAAGUGUAAGUGUUUCUUCUUCAUGACCCUCCAAUAGGUCUAAAUCGAUCGGAUUUUUGUUUAUGUCUGUAAGAUAACGUUAAUUAAUUAAUGGCAUGCAACCUAUCCUACAUGAAUCAAAUUUUCAAGGUUUUCUAUUGCUUCUUCAACAUUUGUGCAAGUACUGUAGUUUUCAGGCCAGUAGAAUAGUUUUCAUCUAAUUAAAAAGUAAAUUCCAAGAGACCAGAUUUUCAGUCUAAAAUCAUAAUGUGUAAAACAUCGUUUGGUAAUUUUUCCUUCGUCCCGUCAAAGUUGCAAAUUCCAAGGCCAGAGGAAUCGCUUUCUUGUAUCACACUGUCAAACGAAGUAAAUAUUUGAUUAAAAAGUUCGUCACAUCAAUGGGCACGACGAUUUGUGCUGAGGCGUAGUGACUGCAUUUUAUCUUGCAUCUUUUGAUCACUAUUGAAACUAAAGCCGUUGCAUUAU